AAGAUGGCAGAUAACUCAACUAUGAUUUCAAAUCGCACAAGUCAAUUGAGCUGCGGUCAAGAAAUACUGGAAGGCGAGUCCUAUCACUAUGAUCUAAACAUCUCAAUUAUCGUGAUAAACACACCGUUUGCCAUAUUUGCAGUCCUUAGCAAUCUUUUGGUGAUAAGCACAAUCUGUAAGUCUCAGGAACUUCGAGUCCCUGCCAACAUUCUUCUCUCUAGUUUGGCCGUAACAGAUCUACUAGUUGGCUUGAUUACUCAGCCUCUGUUUGUUACAUGGCGCUUGAUGUUGCACUACCCAUCAACCAUCUGUAACUCCGAAGUUGUUCAUUCUCUGUAUGAAGCUUUCCUUCAUUUGUGCACGGGUGGCUCUUUCCUAUGUCUCGCAUACCUCAGUACCGACCGUUUCCUGGCGGUAUCCAAGCCUUUGCAUUAUCGCGCUAAAGUUACUACAACACAGGCCGCGCGUAAUAUGAUCAUACUGUGGGUUGUAUGGAUUGGUAUCGUUGUGCUCCGCUACUCGGGUAUUGACGAAGAAACCAAUCAAACCAUUACCUCGGUCAUCGCCGGCACUCUGGUGCUGUAUCUUCUUGCUGCUCAGAUAGCCUUGAUUAUCAGCAUCAAGCGAAACAGUAUUCAUGCCCUGCAUUCAGAGAAAAACACCGCCAAUAUCGCCUAUAAAAGAGAAGCAAGAGUUGCGUUAACCAUUGUUUACAUUUUCUUAGCUCUCCUGGUUUUCCUCCUUCCCGCUGUUGUUGUGCAAAUUGUUCUGGGAUUCACCAGUAGCAAUCAGAGUAAAACUGAAUUGAACUUAGCCAUUUCAGCUCUUCUGAUAAACUCUUCUGCAAACCCACUCAUCUACUUUUGGAGGAGCCGAGACAUGCGCAAAGCAGCACGUAAUCUUUUCCUAGGCCCUGCAACCAACACUGGAGCAGCCGAAAGCAUUGGGUCGUCUGAUAGAAAUAGCGGUGGUAACAGUGAAAGGUCUCUUGAGGAUGCUGUGUAGAUCAACUGAAAAAUUAUAUAUGUUGAAAAAUAUAGAUGAAGCAACUUUCUGAAAACCAGACCUUUCACUUUACGAGUGUUGUUAUUUUCAGAGUUAAGGUUCUCCAAUUCACCUUUUGGGCUUUAGAUUUCACGUGUAGUAUCACGUGACUUUUGAUGUAAACAAACCCUGAAAGUUCGGACAUUGAGUUGAGCUCGCAGCACAUGUGUCUGAACUUCGGCUUUGGAAAUUUUUCUUAAAUAACUUCCCACUUUCAAGAAGCAUCCCUUCGCUCAAAAUUGACAUCUUUCUUUUGUCAUUUGUCUGACAAUCUACGCACUAAACACCCUGAAAAUACCUGAUCAGAUACAUCACUGUACGCAGAACUAGUUCAAUUAUUCCAUGCCGCAACGCCUCCUGUAACAUUCUUCGCAUCUGCUUCAACGGCAGCGAAAUGACAACUUGCUUAAUAAACGAUCAAUUAAAUAACAAAAGAAAGAUGUCAAUUUUGAGCGUAGAGACGCUUCUUGAAGGUGGGAAGUUCACCUUCACAAGAACACAAUUUAACGACAAGAACAGCAAUGGUCACCAAGGGCAAACCUGAGGCUCAGAAUAAUUAAAAAAAUUGCUUUGAACUUCUUUUAGAAAUUUAUUGGAUUGAAAAAAAAAAGUGUGAAACAAUUCAUGAUAUGUUGAAGAUAAAACCUCUCCUGCCCUAUUAAUAUGUAUGCAGUAGUAUAGGAUAAGUCUGAUAUCUGAGUAAACCUUGUCACCUGCUGAUAUAAACCGUAAAGUGUCAAGUCCAUUCAGGUAAUGUAUGACAUGGUGUAACAUAAACAUGUCAGGUAGUAAUUUAUGUUUUUCUUUAAGUAAUGUAAAUACGCCUAAUGAUUUAAGAAAUUGUAUUCUCAAUACCUUCUUAAACAUGCUGUUUACGUUUAAAGUGACUAGCAGCGAUCACUUAGCAACAUUGUCAUUCUUCUUUAAUUGUUAUAAUAUAUUUAAGUUGAAUUCGACUGACGUGAGUAAUUUGCAUAUCAAAAUUAUCUUUAGUUCCGUACAUGUGUUCUGCAUCCGGUGUCGUCGAUUGUCGACUGCUAAAUGGCAGACUUACAUGUGUAUUUUGAGAAGAGCAAUCAACUUUCACUUUUCUUGAACAGUGAGGUCUGACUUGAAAUGGACGGAAUACAGCCUGAAGUCCUUGUUGUGCUUCUUUAUCUGUCGUUAAUUUACGAAAUUAUCACUGGCGUGAGGAUACGAGGACAACAAUCAUAUGAAAAGAUGAGGAAAGCGUCGGUCAGAAUUGGAAAGCCGUCAUUCGGCAACAGUCGCUUGACGAACACAAGACCUGAUACGCGACCAGCGGAGAAUCUCAAUCAAACAUAUCGACAUUUUGUGCAGAUGAGGAUUUUGGCGAGAGACUAGACUACUGUGAAAUCUGAAAAGUCGUAUUUACCCUUGGCUUUAUAUUGGAAGAAAGAGAAUCACCGAAUCAACUAUCGCAUGAUGAUAGAGCUGUGCUUGAGCUUUGGGGUUACAUCCAUGUUAAUAAGAUCAGCCUUCAUGAAAACUGAAAACGCAUACUUAAAGAUCCAUUGUGAAUCAGGAUUCGCCUUCUGUUGAGAACACAAUAAACCUUGGUCAUUUGAGAACAUCUGUGAGUCGGUAUUAAGAACGCCUAUACAUAUUUUUGUAAAUCAUUCUAUUACUCGACGUCAUCUAAUAUCUCGUAAAGUUUGUCGAUUCAAAAGAAUUCGUAAUUCAGCGUUCUGAACUCUAAGAAAGCUAAUUUCCCAAAAAGUCAAGUUUUUUAAAGAUAAGCCGACAUCAACAAUCCGCCCAUCGUACUGUAUGUAGCUCUUAUGAUCACAGUAAAUAAGUGAAUAUGUUUACACAGUAUAUUUCUGAUGUUUUUUCAGCGUUCACCUGUACAUGUACAUUAUACAUUUACAUGUAUAAUUAAUAAUUAUGUAAAAGCUUUCUUAUGAGUGCUUUAAAUUUAAUUCUUCUGAGGCUAUUUAUUCUACUCUCUUACUCAAUACUCGCUUAACGCUUUACUUGUAGGGUGUAAUACAUAAAUAUUUGUAAUAGAAGUUUAUCAUUGUACAUCGCGGAACCGAUUCAACGUACCAUGACAAAAUUUCGUAACACGUAUGACUAAGCUUU